AUGACUAUUUGUCUGAGUACAGCAUUUCUAUCGCUCUCAACGUUGACUUGGGGGUUACAACUGCUUCCCCCUCCGCUGUCGACCUCCAGUUCACCCGCUGAAGCUGUAUGGGAUGUUGUAUCCAGCCCUAACAUCUACAUUGAUAAAAGCUUCGCCGACCUCGCCGACACGGACGGUCUGACUCUGAUUCCACCCAGUGGCUAUGAUUUUGCCACUCUCUUUCAGAGAGACAUCAGCCAGCUCACAGGCGUUAACUGGACUCUACAGCACAUUGAGAACUGCUCAUUUGAUGCCAACCGUGGCGGUAUCUUACUCGGUGCAUAUAACGGCAAUGCGUCUUCCAUUACAUAUGAGAACGGUAAUCCCACAUCCGAAGGCUAUGAGCUCGUAAUCUCGCCUUCCGGGGCGUUCAUUGGCGGCACUGGCGCCCGUGGUAUGUGGUGGGGAACAAGGUCACUUCUCCAGCUUCUACUUUCGCAGAACGGUAGUCUGUCGGUGGGACGAUAUGUCGACACGCCUGCAUAUGGAUCGCGAGGCUUUAUGCUUGACGCUGGACGUAAAUGGUAUGCGCCAUCGUUUUUGAAGGAGCUAUGCAGCUAUGCAUCUUUCUUUAAAAUGAACGAGUUUCACUACCACCUCAGCGACAACUACCCGCUCAAUCGUGGACAGAACGAGUCCUGGCAGGAUGUUUAUUCACACUUUUCUCUGCGGCCCGAGGAUGAAUCACUACUGCCCAUUCUUCAUGGCCGUGAGAAUGAAACACUAACCCGGGAAGACUUUGCUGAUCUUCAAAGUCAUUGCGCAGCAAGAGGUGUGACAGUGAUUCCAGAAAUCGAAGCCCCCGGUCACUGCUUGUAUUUGACCAAGUGGAAGCCAGAGCUUUCUCUCCCCAAACGUGAUUUGCUUAACCUCUCACACCCGGAGACAAUCCCAACGGUUAAACGCAUUUGGGCAGAGUUUCUGCCAUGGUUUGAAACCAAAGAAGUGCACGUUGGUGCCGACGAAUACGACUCAACGUUAGCGGAUGUGUAUAUCGGAUUUGUGAACGAGAUGUCGGCCUUUAUCAACUCAACUACCGGCAAGCGAACUCGCAUCUGGGGCACCUAUGAGCCUUCGGAAAAUGCCACAAUUUCAAAAAAUGUUGUUAUCCAGCAUUGGCAAUACGGCCAGUCGGACCCGAUCCUACUUGCUGACACAGGUUACGACAUCAUUAAUUCGGAAGAUUGGUGGGCGUACAUGUCCCUCAAGAACGACCACAUGCCCAUUCUACCGGCCAGGUAUCCGCAAUUCUUUAACGAGAGUCGAGUGCUCAACUUCGCCGACGUAACAGGGUGGCAGUGGACGCCCGCGGAUUUUAACCCGUUCAACAAGAGCAUGCAACUGCCGAAAGAGUCGCCCUCCAACAAAGGUGCCAUAAUUGCGGCGUGGAACGAUAACGGCCCUGAUGCCUCUACCCAGCUGGAAGCCUAUUACGCAAUGCGACGGGGUAUAGCCCUCGUCGGAGCUCGCGCAUGGAGCGGCAGCCGUGGUCCUCAAUUAGAGGAAGACAGCGUCUCAUCUAGCAUAGAUUUCUUUUCGCCACUAGCGCCAGGCCAAAACUUGGAUCGGGUAUUACCAAAAGCCGAUGCUUCAGGACCACUGUUCUCAUGGACUCGUUCUUCAAAAGACCCCGAAACUGUGCAUUUCGAUCGGGGUAGUAAAGGCAUGAAUUACACUCUGGUACUGUCCGCUGCUGGACCUUUUACUCUCUCAGGUCCGGACAACACACUCUCGCUCGACAGUAAUGGCAGCUUAGUCUUCAACGCUGACGGUUAUGUGUAUCCCCUACGCAAUGUAAGCGAGAACGACGCACAGCAACUUGAUCUAGGACAUCCAGGACGAAUUUGGGUCAAUGUAUCCACCUCUACGCACGAACCAGUGAGAGUAACAACGCUACCGGCCAACAUUACUAUUAAGACAGAUGUGCUACAUGGUAGUAUUGUCUGGGUUAAUGAGCAAUUUGCAGGGCGAUUUGAAGUGUUUGUGUACGGGGGCCGUAACACUCAGUUCAGCUGGAGCCAAAUGGCCUUUGUUGCACCUCUUGAGGAAGUUACAGGGUCGGGGCUACAGAGUUUGGUUGUUGAGAACUUAUAG